AUGGCCCCAACAUGGCGAGCACUCCUCACCCUAGGCACUCUACUGGGUGCCUCGAGCAUAGCACACGCCGAAGACUAUCUUCGGACCACCUCUUUCACCAACUGUGAAAGCAGCAACCAAUUCAACGCCUCAACAUUCAACAUCACCAUCACUCCCGAGAACAGGACCAUUGUGUUCGACCUCGGUGGCGACAUCACAUUCACCGGCAAUGCAUCUCUCGACUUCUCCAUCAUCAUCAACGGGAACGAGGCCCAGCUGUUCAGACAAGAUGGCUGUAUCGCGGACUACCCAGCCUUCUGCCCUACGACACCGGGCCAGAUCAACUUGAAUUCGAACAUUGAGUUAUCGGAAACUGCCUCGGACAUGAUUCCCGAGGAGCUUUAUACGAUGCCUGACCUUGAUGCACAGUUCAAGUUGUCAUUCAACGAUACUGCUACCGGGCAGCCUUGGGGUUGCAUCGAGGCAAAUUUGACGAAUGGAGUGACUGAGGCUUCGGCUAUGAACAAUGCCUCUUCUACCUCCGACACUUCCAGGACCACGAACGCUACGAAUGGCACGACGACUCCUGAGGGCUCAGAGUCCAGUGCCACCAUGACAUCUAUCUUCUCAACUCUUGCCGUCGGAGUACCUGCCAUCAUCGCCAUGACCUUGUGCUUGUAG